GUGCUAGCUGGUUGUGACAUAUUUACUACUCAUCCUGCUGAAUCAAUGCAUCAAUAAGAGCUGCCUGGUUUUUGAAAGAGUUAUUUCUUGAUUAGUUUGCUUGAGUUGAAGGUCAUAGAUAUAGUUAACAAUUAAUAAGUGCUUGUAUAGUUUUGAAGACUUAAAGAUAGAAAAUCUUACAAAAGCAAGCUGUAAUAUAUUAUAUAUUAUAUUUUAGAUGCAACAAAAAAGGUAAGUCAUGACCUAACAUGCUGAAUAUUUGCUCAAAUCCUGGACUUCAGCCAGUCACAGGGGGACUGUCCUGACUUGCUCAAUAAUUGUAUUUAACUUCAUUCACAAUGCGUAGUUGUUGUUGUUGAAGCCGGCGCCAUUCCAGGAAGCAUGUUGUGUUAAAGUGAUAAACAGACAUAAUUUGAGUGUGUUUGUUUGGCAGUUGUCUCUAUACACUCACAAAACGUGGGUAAGGAGAUGGAGUCUGAUGAAGCUACUGUACAGUACAACCGAUGGAAUGAAGAUAACAUCAACAUGAACGUCGCUGCUUCUCAGUCGAGUACGAAUGGGAUGUAUAACAAACUGUGCACGGGGCAGCUGGGCGUGGUUGUGAGAGUGGCAGGAUCGCUGGCUGUAAUGGCUUCUAUGUACAUUCUUGGCUAUGUCACCGGAUACUACGUCCAUAAAUGCUGACAGUGUUACAGACAUUACACAGAUGUUUUCACUUUUUCCUGCAGUGUAUGAUGAAUGCAUUUACCGAUUCACUGUGAAGUCCUUUAUAUAUUCAUUCCUUCAUGGUGUAUGAAACUUAUUUUACUUGACAUUCCACUUUUUCCCCCCAGUGUUAUGAACAUUUGUUAAAGAGAAUGAUUUUAUUUGCUCCACUGGAAUUUGUACAAUGUAUGCUUUGUGUCCAUUUUAUAUGCUAUUAAAACAUUUUAUGCUGAA